AUGGGUGCUUGUGGGUCGAAGGGCUCGACGAGCGACAAGGGGUUGGCGAGCGAUAAGGACGGCAAGAACGCCAAGGACCGCAAGGAAGCGUGGGAGCGCAUUCGCCAGGCGAUUCCUCGUGAGAAGACCGCCGAGGCAAAACAGCGCCGCAUCGAGCUCUUCAAGAAGUUCGACAAGAACGAGACUGGGAAGCUGUGCUACGAUGAGGUGCACAGCGGCUGCCUCGAGGUGCUGAAGUUGGACGAGUUCACGCCGCGAGUGCGCGACAUCACGAAGCGUGCGUUCGACAAGGCGAGGGCCCUGGGCAGCAAGCUGGAGAACAAGGGCUCCGAGGACUUUGUUGAAUUUCUGGAGUUCCGUCUGAUGCUGUGCUACAUCUACGACUUCUUCGAGCUGACGGUGAUGUUCGACGAGAUUGACGCCUCCGGCAACAUGCUGGUCGACGAGGAGGAGCUCAAGCGCGCCGUGCCCAAGCUUGAGGCGUGGGGCGCCAAGGUCGAGGAUCCCGCGGCGCUGUUCAAGGAGCUCGAUAAGAAUGGCACUGGGUCCGUGACGUUCGACGAGUUUGCUGCGUGGGCUUCUGCAGUCAAACUGGACGCCGACGGCGACCCGGACAACGUGCCGGAGAGCGCGUGA